AUGGCCGAGGGCGCUUGAGCCCGGCGCUGCCGGCGCGCCGGGCGCGUCGGCGGCGGCGGGCACCGGGGCUUGGCGUACCGCGCGUCGCUAGGACGCGUGUUGAUCGCCGGCCGCGGGCACCUGUUACCCCCUGUGAGGAGGUGUUCGGGGGGGCGUAACUUCGAGCAUCUUUGGACUUGGAUCUUUGUUCCAGCUCACGACCUGCGGCGUGCUGGGAGGCGUGCUCCCGGAAGUUCCGCGGCGCCCCCGGCCAAUUCACAGAUCCGCCUCGAUAGCGCAAGCAAACGACCUCCCAAAUUCACGAUUCACCAUAGUCGGCCGCGACCAACUAUUUCAGAGUAGCGGCCCAGGAAGAUAUUCUCGAGGCUCCCGGAAGACACUGCCCCGCGGCGACAUUCGCGGAUGAAACUUACGGCUUGCGAAAGUAGACCAGCG